UAUAUAAAUUUAACAUGCGUAUAUUAUUAUUUAUUUUAAUUACAAGUAAAGAGCAAAAUUAAUCGAAGUAUUGAAUACUUUAUACUUCAGAUUUCGUGUAGAUAUUAGGUACCUAAUAAAUAAGCUACUUACAUACAAUAAUGUUCUACGCACUAUUGGCAUUUAGUUUUGCGGUUAUGAGCGCAAUAAGAUGUAAUCCGUUAGGAAACUUGAAAAGUUCAGAAAAUGUUCAGAAUAAGUCUACAAUUUUGGAAACGUUAAGUACUUUCGGUGACUUGGACACUAUUCAAUUUAUGUGUACAAAUGACGAAUCAAUAACAGGUACAUAUGAAACUAUAUUUUACUGUGAUGAGUUAAUAAAAGAAAAUGAUAAUUAUUCAUCGUUAAGACAUGUUAUAGACAUAAAAUUUAACGAGAUACGAUCUAGUCUGAUAAAAUUGUUAAAUUUAGAAAAGAAAGCAAUUGUUUGUAGAAGUAUAAGGCAUUUGUUUCCUAUAAUUAUGUAUGGAAUAUUUAUUAAUGACAUAAAAGGAUCCACAGAGAAAGAAAACAGUAGAAUGAAUAUGAUUAACAAAUUAUUAAAAAAAAAAUUGGAUUUUUUGAAUAAUAAAAAUUCAAGUAUUGAAGAAAAACUUCAACAAAUAGAAAUAUCAAUGAUGAAAAGUGGUAGAACUAACAAAAAACUAUUAAGCGAAAGACCAGAACAAAGCGAGGGAGAAUUUGUAGAAAUCAGCAGCAGUUUACUGGAAAAAAUCAAAACAACAGUUCAGCUCAUUUUACCCUUUAUUCAAGAACUUGAUUGUUUUCAUAAUUUGUAUAAAAUAGACAAAGUGAUGACUACCAAUAAGUUUGAUCUUAACGUAUUGUUGUUAUUGAUUCUUGACGAAGUAAAGACUAUGUACAAGACAGAGUGUUACUUUAACGUCGACGCCGCAACAGUCCUUCAGAACGGAGACGGAAGAUGGAUAAUCGAGCCCAAGUACGAUUCGACCCCACUGCUUGUUGGAGAAAUUUAUGGGGUGUCCGAGGUUAUACAAAAGGAUUUGCAAUCGUUGUUUGUGAAAUUUUUUUUCACAAACAAACAUAAUAAGCAGUUUUUGCCGCAUUUCCAGGAAGUGUCGUUAAUAUUCUUCCACACGUUCAACAAGUACUACGAUCCCAACGUCUGGAGAUUGAUCGGCAACGAGAACAUAGUGGACUAUGAGUCUGACUCCGCCAAACCGAUAACGACUUCGAUUGACAAAGUAGCAUUGAACCUAUUAAAAAAGAUCCAAGGGACUAUGGACGGACUUACCGCGUUUAAAAAGAAUAGAAUUAGGUGCCGGUAUUGCGCGUACUUAAAUCUCAUGAUGAAACUUAACUACUGUAGUUUGCGUGUAUUAGCGGAAAACGUGCAGGAAAUCCAACGGUUUAUGAACGUAGAAUCGCAGAAAAUUGAACAGGGCAACAUUUACAACUUACUCCACGACAAAAUCAACGAACUCGAGAUUACCAAGUGUUCUAUCGGUAAUGACAUCAGUAGUGUCAGUAUGAUCGAUGAGUUAUUGGAUAGAGACGAUGAUAAUCAAUAUUUCCGAAGCGUCUACGCCAAGUACUGGAACCAGAAUGCUCAAAUCAUCGCCAUGGCGAUCGAAUUUUUGUAUGAUUCGUUAAGUCUGGGUUUCAUGGAGGAGGAAUUUCGUUCGAUGUUACGAGAGAUUUACCAGAUUCAGGCCCAUCUUGGUUCCGACAUGACAUUCGUUGAGUAUCUGGUUAAAUGGGCGAGAACAUGACAUUGGCGUGGACCAUCUUUAACGAUAACUCCAAGGAGAGAUUAACCCUGAAAUGGAUAACGAUGAUG